CGGUCCGCCGUGUGACAGCCCGGGAACGACAGGGCCGGGCGGCGUGCCCUGCUCAAAGAUGGCCGCCGGCGGCUUCGGCCUGCGCGGAGGUGGGAGGUGAGCGGCGGCCGGGCCAGGCUGCGGGAAGAUGGCAGAGAGCGAGCGGCGGGCAGGUGCCUCUGAGGAGGUGCCUCCUCCUGUCCAGCAAUGCUUCAUGGUCCCCAAAAAGGAGAUAAACAUGGUUUCCGACAUGGCCAAGUGGAAACGAUCUCAGGCAUACGCAGACUACAUGGGCUUCAUCCUCACUCUGAACGAAGGUGUCAGGGGCAAGAAGCUGACCUGUGAAUACAAAGUUUCAGAGCCCAUUGAAAAGCUGGUGGCUCUGCUGAACACCCUCGACAGAUGGAUCGAUGAAACCCCGCCAGUGGAUCAACCUUCUCGCUUUGGGAACAAAGCCUUCAGGACCUGGUACGCCAAACUAGACCAGGAGGCAGAGAAGUUGGUGUCAGCAGUGAUUCCCGAGCAUUUGGCAGAUGCUGCCCCAGAAGUGGCUGUGUACCUGAAGGAAUCCGUGGGGAACUCCACCCGCAUUGACUAUGGCACAGGGCACGAAGCUGCAUUUGCAGCCUUUCUCUGCUGCCUCUGCAAAAUUGGUGUGCUCAGAGUGGAUGACCAGAUGGCCAUUGUCUUCAAAGUGUUUAACAGGUACCUGGAAGUGAUGCGAAAACUGCAGAAAACCUACAGGAUGGAGCCUGCUGGCAGCCAGGGCGUGUGGGGCUUGGAUGACUUCCAGUUCCUGCCUUUCAUAUGGGGCAGUUCUCAGCUGAUAGACCAUCCAAGUCUGGAGCCUCGGCACUUUGUUGAUGAGAAGGUGGUAAAUGAAAACCAUAAGGACUUCAUGUUCCUGGAGUGCAUCCUCUUCAUUACAGAGAUGAAGACAGGCCCCUUUGCCGAGCACUCCAACCAGCUCUGGAAUAUCAGCGCCGUGCCCUCCUGGUCCAAGGUCAACCAGGGCCUCAUCCGCAUGUACAAGGCAGAGUGCCUGGAGAAGUUUCCUGUGAUCCAGCACUUUAAGUUCGGCAGCCUGCUCCCCAUCCAGCCUGUGACAUCUUAAGGAGACAGCAGGAGGAGCCGAGGCAGCGGAGGCACAGCACGGCGUUCUUCCUCCUCCCCUCACCCCUCCUCACCACCCAGCCCAUCCAUUCCUGCACAUCCUCAUCAGCAACCACAGAUCCAAAGCACUCGCUGGCCUGGCACGGGAGAUGGGAACCUGGAGCAGCUCCUCCUGCACGUCCUCAGCCUGGGAGGCUCCGCUGUGCCGCGUCCGCGCGACUGCCGGGAGUGGGGACGGCCUUGAGCAGGGGCUGCCCUGCAGCCGAGGCCCUCUGCCUGCUUCCCAGGAGAAAGGGGUGUGGAGGGGAGGAAGGCACGUGUGUGUAUGUUGGGCAGUGGUAACUGCAAUUUCCCUUUGAAUUUCAUUGGAGUUUCCUGUUGCUGUUUGCUUUGGGAAACCACUGCGCGGGGCGAGGUGUGAGCCUGCGCGUGUCUGUGUCAGCCAGCUCUGCCUGCACCGGAGGUCUGAAAUGGGAAAAGGGAGUUGUAGGGAGUGUCUGUGGAUUGUGGAAGCCCAGGGUGGUGUCUCUCCCUUUUUCUGGGUAAGGAAAACGCCCUCCCUCCACCUCUUCUGCAAGGUUUCCUGGGUCUUUCUUUCCGACUAGCACCUCUUCUCAUGGGUGAAGCUGGGAACCUUCUGGGCUGCGGGGGUCUGAGCUGGCUCUGGAGCUGGAGACAAGGUCCCUGGAGGGACCCAGCUCUGUGGGAACAGCUAUGCAAAGACACUGCUCAGGCUCCCUCUUAACUGGCACAAACCCUGACACAUUCACACACAUCCAUAACUGGGUCCAACCUGCCCUCUGCCCUCCCCGUGCUUUGCUGCCCUGGGGCUGGGCUGGCCUCAGUGGCACAAGGUGACCGUGGUUGCUCCUGCUUGGUCCUAAAUUGUAGUGACACCCCCAUACCAAAGGGAUUUCCCCACGAAGCAGCACGAUCCCCAGCUCUUCAAGGGGACCAUCCCUGGUGCACAGGCAGCAUGAGUGGGCAGCAUGCAGCUUCUCAUGCAUUUAUAUACUCGCGCUGGAAACAAAAAGCAUAAAUAGCCCAGGACAGCAGGUUAUACCUGGAGAAAGCUCUUUCCCAUUGUCCUUCCUUGCUGGUGUUGCAGGGUGACCACACUUGCAGUGCCACCAGCAGCAGUGUGUUGAAGGCAGAAGGUCUGGAUCACACCAGCAGCAUCACUGGAGGGCAGAAAGGGCUGGUGCUGUUGUUGAGAUGAGCUGCCUGUCCACAGGUCGUGACCAGGGUGGUGCACAGCUUUGCAGCUGCAGUGGGGAUGUUUGUUCUUGGGGUUCCCAGGCUGGGUGUGGCAGGGACAGAGGUCUGGACUGGGGAUCAGGGGCAGCAGGAAUCAUUCCUCUGGCAUUCCUGCAGACCAUGAAGGGGCUGCCCCCAGCCAGGCUGCUCAGCUUUUGCUGCUGCACUGCUUUACUGCUGGGGUGGGAGGAGGAAACUUGGUUGUGAUUUUUUCUUUUUUAAAAUAUUUUUUCAUUAUUUUUAACAGACCUACUCACUCCCUCUUGUAAAGGUUCUUGCAGGCACUCAGGGGAAGGAGAGUAAGAAAAGAGUCUAAGUUCAGAGGUGGCAAAAUUUCCACAGAGCUGAAGCAGAGCUGGCACUGUUGCUGUCCUGUCUGCUCUUGGCUUGGCCCUGGGCAGGGGGUGGGGGACAAGAAGCUUUUGACCUGCCUGAAACAACUCUCUAAACUUGUAUUUGAAAUGAAAAUGGAAGACUGGGGUUAAGUCUUAUUUUAUUCCUAAACGGGAUGUGUUCUGUCUUGGCUUUCCAAAUGGAUCCACUCCUGGAAUGUUGCUGGGGAUCUGUGUGCUUGCUGGGACUUGAUGAGUCCAUCUUCAGUGGAGCAGCCUGUGCCUGGAGCAGAGACUCACGGUGUCUUCACCUGUGUCCCCUCACGUUGCUCUGUCUUUUGGCAAGUGUCCCCAUGCUUUAAAUGACUGUGCAGCAUCUGGCCAGCAAUGGCUGAGCAGAAGCCUCUGGUUUUCUUUAUCUGCCCAAGGGUCGGCAAAACAUCUCUCCAGGUCAUCUUGUGGAAAUGGGACUUCCAUGCAAAAGGAUGGGUGGAAAUUUUGACAUUGAUGCAUGGGAGGGACUCCAGGAAUGUGGAGUACAGCACCAAAAAAAGAGUGGAGAGGUGCUUCCUUCCCCUGCAGCUGCAUCGUUGCUCCCUGGGACAGUGUCCCUGGGCUUGGGACCUGCGGAGGCGGUGGGAGGAGGCUCACGCACAGCUCUGUGGUUGUUGCUUGCCUGAGUCUGCACAUCUGUCCUGCUGGGGGUUUUGGGAUGUCAAGCAGCUAAUUCUCGUUUGAGUCUUACCAGCCCGCUUGGGAUGUGCCCCCGUCACGUGGCAGCCACUUGCUUUGCCUCCCUCCUGCUCCCAGUGACAUCCCCCAUGGGCUCAGCUCCUGCCCACGCCGUGGCAGCACCCAGGGCUGUCUGUGUCCAAAGCAGCACUUCCCACCUCCCCUGUGUUGUAGGUUUAAUUAAAGUUUCUGUGUUUUGCA